CACGUGACCAAGGCUUACUUCUCUGCUUCUCCGAUCUGUCUAAAACAUGAAUAUUAUUAUACAAACGGACACCUUUUCUCUCCAGCGCUUCUAUUUUGUCUGCACGCUCGUAAACGUCACUUUGGAAUCCGUUCGAGCGAUUGUAAAAGCAGAAAUUUGCUUCUGGAAAUUUCUGCUCUCGGGGGUGGAUGUCACGUGAUCAGCACGCGGGUCUGGUCGUUCGGUAAAGAUGGCGACAGUUGUGUAGAAAGUAGCAGAGGAAGGCAGCAGCAAGCUCGAGUCCGCAACGGUAAUUGGAAGCCUAUAAAGGCCGCAAGUGAUGGAUCCUGGACAAGAUUUGCUGUUGGCUGCCCUGAGUGAGAGCGGGAUCAGUGCGAAUGACCUGUUCGACAUUGAACCGCAGGAUGUGACCCCGCCUCCUGCCCCGCAACAGUCAGUUCCCAUAAGCACUUUGGAUAUUGGCCCAGCAACGGAGACAGCUGGAACUGUGAGGCCAGAACCUGCCGUGCUGCCUACUCCUACAGUCACCAUCAGGCAGAAGCCCCAGCCGUCGACCACCACCUUCGUCCUGAACCAGCUCAACCAGCUCCCCUCGUUGGGAACAAUAGUUGUGACCAAGCCGUCAGUUGGCACCACCUCCAGACAGACCAUAACAGUGGCUAAGGUGGUCCACUCCACGGCUGGCCGGGUCACCCCCACCGCCACCGUGCGGACAGUAGUCCCUCCCAGCCGGGAGCAGAUCCAACUGAAGGAUCUCCUGAAGACCAGCAGCAUCAAGACCAGCAGCCUCGGGGAGCUCAUGAAGCUGAAGCCACCACCCAAUAUCGCCCAGCCUGUUGCUACAGCAACCACUGAGUUGAACAACGGGGUGAAGAAGGAGGUAACGAGCAAAGACGUGGCCAGGAUCUGGGUGAACGAUGACAUCAAAAUGCGCAGCUUCUCCCCGACAAACAAAAUACCUGGAAUUAAAGAGGAGGAAGAGCCGGAGGAAGAGGAGGAGGAAGAGUUGGGUCAUGCUGAAACCUAUGCAGAAUACAUGCCUAUGAAAUUGAAGAUUGGCCUGCGGCACCCGGACCCCGUGGUGGAGACCAGCUCCCUGUCCAGUGUCAACCCCCCGGAUGUGUGGUACCGGCUGUCUAUCCCGGAAGAGAGCAUCGAUCGGGGCUGGCUGUCAGCCCUGCAGCUUGAGGCCAUCACGUACGCCGCCCAGCAACACGAGACAUUCCUUCCAAACGGAGACCGGGCUUCCUAUCUGAUAGGCGAUGGAGCUGGAGUGGGGAAGGGCAGGACCAUCGCGGGAAUCAUUUACGAAAACUAUCUCCUCGGCAGGAAACGAUCCCUCUGGUUUAGCGUGUCAAAUGACCUGAAGUACGACGCAGAGAGGGAUUUGAGAGACAUUGGAGCCAAAAACAUUCAGGUCCAUUCGCUGAAUAAGUUUAAAUAUGGCAAAAUUUCCUCAAAACACAAUGGGAGUGUGAAGAAAGGUGUUAUAUUUGCAACAUACUCGUCCCUGAUUGGAGAAAGCCAGUCUGGUGGGAAGUACAAGACGCGAUUCAAGCAGUUACUACACUGGUGUGGCGAGGACUUUGAUGGAGUUAUUGUGUUUGAUGAAUGUCACAAGGCGAAAAACGUCUGCCCCAUCGGCUCCUCCAAGCCCACUAAGACGGGACUGGCUGUCCUGGAGCUCCAAAACAAGCUGCCCAAGGCGCGAGUGGUAUACGCCAGUGCCACAGGAGCCUCAGAGCCGCGGAAUAUGGCGUACAUGAACCGCCUCGGGAUCUGGGGGGAGGGAACCCCGUUCAAGGAGUUCAGCAACUUCAUCCAAGCUGUGGAGCGCAGAGGUGUGGGUGCUAUGGAGAUCGUUGCCAUGGACAUGAAGCUAAGAGGGAUGUACAUCGCUCGCCAGCUGAGCUUCACUGGAGUAACGUUCAAAAUUGAAGAAGUCCCUUUGACACAGGACUACAUAAAGAUGUACAACAAAGCUGUUCGCCUGUGGGUGAGCGCCCGAGAGAAGUUCCAGCAAGCGGCCAACCUGAUGGAUGCCGAGCAGCGCAUGAAGAAGUCCAUGUGGGGCCAGUUCUGGUCGGCCCACCAGAGGUUCUUCAAGUACCUGUGCAUCGCCUCCAAGGUCCGGAGAGUGGUCGAGCUCGCACGAGAGGAGGUCAAAAACGGAAAGUGUGUGGUUAUUGGCCUCCAGUCAACAGGAGAAGCUCGGACUCUUGAAGCCCUUGAGGAGGGAGGUGGAGAGCUCAACGAUUUUGUUUCCACAGCCAAGGGUGUGCUGCAGUCGCUGGUGGAGAAGCACUUCCCCGCCCCGGACAGACAGAAGCUCUUCAGUCUGCUGGGCAUCGACCUUUCGGCCAAAAAAACCCCCUCACCAAAUGACAGCGCUUCCACUGACCAGAAGGGCAAGAAGCGGAAAGGUCAGGACACGAAGAAAGAGGCAAAGAAGCUGCGGCGCUCUGGGGGCCUCUCGGGCAGCAGCUCGGACGAGAGCGCCAGUGACUCGGAGGCGUCGGAGAAGGAGGCGGAGAGCGACGACAGCUUCAAGUCAGUCAGCUCUGGUGAGGAGGAGGAGGAUGACUUUAACCCCUUCAGGGAAGAGUCCAGCGAGGAUGAUGAGGACGAUCCAUGGUUGAUAAGGAAAGAGCACAAAAAAGGCAAGGAAAAGAAGAGCAAGAAGAAGAAGAAGAGCAUCGAUCCCGACUCCAUUCAAAGUGCCUUGCUAGCCUCAGGCCUUGGCUCGACGAGACCGGCGUUCACAGCCUCUGCUGUCAAAUCCUCAUCAAGCACUACGCCCACAAUAGGCAAAAAGGAGAGCGAGGACGGCGGCUGCGUCACGAGCCAGGAUGCGGUGGAGGACGCCCAGCAGAUGAAGCGGCAGCUGCUGGAGGAGCUGGAGCAGCUGGCCGAGGAGCUGCCCCCCAACACCCUCGACGAGCUGAUCGACGAGCUGGGAGGACCUGACAAUGUGGCUGAGAUGACUGGACGCAAAGGGAGAGUGGUCAGCAAUGAUGACGGCAGCAUCUCUUACGAGUCCCGCUCCGAGCUCGACGUCCCCGUGGAGAUCCUCAACCUCACCGAGAAGCAGAGGUUCAUGGAAGGAGAGAAGAACAUUGCUAUAAUCUCUGAGGCUGCCAGCUCAGGCAUUUCACUCCAAGCUGACCGCAGGGUGAAGAACCAGCGGAGGAGGGUGCACAUGACUCUGGAGUUGCCAUGGAGCGCUGACAGGGCCAUCCAGCAGUUUGGAAGAACACACCGGUCCAAUCAGGUCACGGCUCCGGAAUAUGUGUUCCUCAUCUCAGAGCUUGCUGGAGAGCAGCGAUUCGCUUCUAUUGUUGCGAAAAGGCUUGAAAGCUUGGGUGCACUCACACAUGGUGACAGAAGAGCCACAGAGACCAGGGACCUGAGCAGGUUCAACUUUGACAACAAGUAUGGCCGGAAUGCACUGGAAAUUGUCAUGAAGUCCAUCGUUAACCUGGACUCGCCGCUUGUCUCUUCACCUGCCAACUUUGAAGGGGAUUUCUUCAAAGAAAUCCGACACGGAUUGAUUGGUGUGGGCCUAAUAAAUGUGGAAGAUCGCUCGGGUAUCCUCACACUGGACAAAGAUUACAACAACAUUGGUAAAUUCCUGAACCGUAUUCUGGGAAUGGAGGUCCAGCAGCAGAAUGCGCUCUUCCAGUACUUCUCCGACACGCUGAAUGCAGUUAUCCAGAACGCCAAGAAGAACGGACGAUACGAUAUGGGAAUUCUGGACCUUGGCUCUGGUGAUGAAAAGGUGAAAAAGAUCGAUGUUAAGAAGUUCUUGACCCCAGGGUACUCCACCUCUGGUCAUGUGGAGCUGUACACGGUCAGUGUGGAGAGGGGAAUGUCCUGGGAAGAUGCCACCCACAUUUGGGCGGAGCAGAGUGGACCAGAUGAUGGCUUCUAUGUACAGGUGAGGAACAACAAAAAGACCGCCAUCCUGGUGAAGGAGAUCAACACCAAAAAGAGGCUCUUCCUGGUGUACAGACCAAAUACGGGAAAGCAGCUUAAACUCGAGACCUAUGCAGACAUUCGCAAGAAGUGCAAAAAGGUCCUUUCAGAGGAUGCCAAACAGUACUGGAUGGAACAGUACAACUCGUCAGCAGACACGUGUUCCCAUGCUUAUUGGCGAGGGAACUGUAAGAAGGCCUCUGUGGGGCUCCAGUGUGAGAUCGGGCUCCGCUGCAGGACCUACUAUGUCCUGUGUGGCUCGGUGCUCAGCGUCUGGACCAAGGUGGAGGGCGUCCUCGCCUCCGUCAGUGGAACGAACGUCAAAAUGCAGAUUGUUCGUUUGAGGACGGAGGACGGACAGCGAAUUGUGGGCCUGAUCAUUCCAGCGAACUGUGUGGCCCCGCUGAUCAACAUCCUGUCCUCGUCGGAUCAGUCCCAGCAGCUGGCCGUGCAGCAGCAGCAGAUGUGGCAGCAGCAGCACCCGCAGAGCUUCACCCGCUCUAUCAACACAUAGCGCCCUCUAUCCACCCCCCCCUUCCCAGACACCCCUGCGUUGCUGCCGGCCUGGCACCGACUCUACACGCGUCGCCCCCACCCCCCACAGUGGGCGCAACCCCAGGCUCCGCCUCGUGCGUGCGUUCGGAGCUCUUGUCCAAAGACGCUCUCCUCACAAGAAGCUCACCGGAACAUUCGAGACGGCGCGCUCCAGCCCACAGAGCUGAAGAGGCUCGAGCUAACGGCGACUUGCGCCAGCGUCAGGGAGUCUCUCCCUCGACUACCAUUUUUUGUCACUUCUUCCCCCCCUCCAUUGUAGUAUUUCUUGUUCUUCCUUUGGGCCGGUUCAUGGCUAUGGGUUUCCUUCUGUUUGAAGUGCUUGAAGUCUGCUUCCUUUAUUCAACACAUUAUAGUGCUCAGGGGUUAGUUCAACAAUGCAGUGGCACUUUCUCAGACUGACGUGCUUGGAGCACAGCCUUGACAAGCAUCCCCCUCUUCCGUGAUCCAGCUGCUUCUCUGUCUCAAGCAUGACACUGCUAGUGUACCAUUCUGCCCUCAGUCAUACUCUCUCUCACACAGCCAGCGAUGGCUCACAAACUGGUAACCAAGGUAUAUACUUGUACCCCUCAGAUUGAACAGGAGUACAUAUAACUGUGACUUUGCAUGGUUUGAAAGCCCUUUCUUUGCUCCAAGCUCAACAUUUUUUGAAAGUUCUUUGUUUAAUAUUUAGUAUUUAAUGAAGGUUCAUGGUGUUCCUUUCCUUAAGAUGUUAGUUUGUAAACUGGAACGUCAUUUGCACCAGGCCACUCAAACAUUGUGUGAUCUCUGGUGAUCUGGUUAAUAUUUUUACUUUUGUAUCUCCAUGUUUUAAUAUUGGCUGCCACUUGAAUCCUGGUACAGGUUCAUUUCAAGCUGGGGUGCAGUAAUUUCUAAACUUUUUGAUUUAAGUUCUGUAAAUGUCAUGAGAGAAUGGCUCUAUGUUGGGAUUAUACUUUGCUGUACAAAUGUGUAUAGUUGCAUAUCAAGUAUUGGAAAUGUUUUGCUUAAAGUGAAGUUGAUGUUUAUAACAUUUGAAGGACAAUUUCAUUUCAUGCUUGCACGAGUUGCACUACUGAUUUGUUGUACAAAGAAUCUGUUUAAAAGAAGGCAAGAUUUCUGCAUCUUGCAUAUGACCAAUAAAU